CGGUACGAACUCGAAGCUCGAGGCGAGCUGCAUGGUGCAUUUGCGGGGUAAGGAGUAAGACAUCCGGGGAGAAAUCAGAAGUACGGAGAUAAAUGCAGACUGCCACCCAAAACUUUUGGAAAAGGCAGCUCAAACUGGCCAAGAACCUCAUUUUUAUCUGAAGAGCAGAGCGACAAGAUCGGAUUGAUAUGACGAAUCUCUCAACGAAGCUAGCGGCCCUGGAAGCGGCCGGCAAGCCAAUUCAGGUUGGCAUUAUCGGCGCGGGAAAGUUUGGGUCGAUGUAUAUCUCCCAAUCGCAUCGGACAAAAGGCGUUCGACUGGCAGCCAUUGCAGACCUCGCCCCUGAGCGUGCGCUGAACGCGCUCGAGAGGACUGGAUUCCCACAGGAAAAGUACGAUGGGACUGCCUUGUUGUCGAUCGAAGAGGGCCUCAAGCAAGGCAAGACAGCCAUUACGACAGAUUCCGCACGAUUGAUUGCCACCCCCGGAAUCGAUGUCAUCCUCGAGGUAACAGGGAACCCAGCUGCAGGCGUGAGGCACGCACUACUAUGUUGCGAGCACAAGAAGCACAUCGUCAUGAUCAAUGUAGAAGCAGAUGUGCUUGCUGGUCCACUCCUGACACGGAAGGCGCAAGAGGCUGGCAUUAUCUACUCCAUGGCAUAUGGUGACCAACCCGCACUCAUUGCCGAAAUGGUCGACUGGGCGCGUACGGCCGGCUUUGACGUCGUAUGUGCUGGGAAGGGAACUAAGCAUCUACCUCAAUACCACUACAGUACUCCCGACACUGUCUGGGAUUACUACGGAUUCACCAAGGAGCAGCUGGCAACCGGUGACUUCAACAAGCAGAUGUUCAACUCGUUCUUGGACGGCACGAAAAGUGCGCUGGAGAUGGCAGCAGUCGCAAACGGUUGCGAUCUGUCACCGCCUUCUGAUGGUCUCGCCUUCCCUCCAUGUGGUACACAUGACCUGCCAGAAGUCUUGAAACCGAAGAAACACGGCGGCCAAUUGGAGACGAAAGGUAUGGUUGAGGUUGUCUCUUGCCUCGAGACAGAUGGCCGAGCGGUGUUCAACGAUUUGCGGUGGGGUGUAUUUGUUGUCAUCGAGGCGCCAGGUGAGUAUCAGAAAGAGUGCUUCAAACAGUACGGGCUCAAAACCGACUCGACUGGAUGGUACGCAGCACAGUACAAGCCUUACCACCUCAUUGGGCUCGAGCUUGGUAUCUCCGUAGCCAACAUCAUGGUACGCGGUGAGCCUACGGGUCAGUGUAAGACGUGGUCAGGAGAUGUCGUCGCUACAGCGAAGUGCGAUCUCAAAGCUGGCGAGAAUCUUGAUGGAGAAGGCGGUUUCAUGGUGUACGGCAAACUCAUGACUGCGGCCGAUUCUUUAAAGAUCGAAGGUCUGCCCAUCGGUCUAGCUCAUGGGAUUGUGUUGAAGCGAGAUGUUAAGAAGGGCCAAGGCCUAUCGUGGGAGGAUGUAAAGUAUAGCGAGAAUACCCAAGCGGUGGCUCUUAGGCGAGAGAUGGAGGCUGUGUAUCGGGAAGAGUUCAAACUUGCGGGAAAGCUCCAAAGCAACGGUACGAAUGGCGUGCGCCAUUCGAUUGUAGCGCCAUAGGUCUAAUUCGAAGUAGUCGCAGGUUUGAGGCAUGCCACGAUGUUA